GCUACAGUACAUACAACUCUCGAUCUCGUGAAUUGGAGACACACAAGUCAAGAUCAAUAAUUCUCGAUCCGGCAUCAUAUUUGGAAUUGGAAAUGGCUUCAAACAUGAUGAGGGCUUUGCCUCGGAAGCUGGUAAGACAGAGUUGCAGCUUUCGUCACUUUUCAACAGUGAAGGGCCUUAAUGAUGUAGUUAUUGUAAGCUCAGUGAGGACUCCUAUUGGUUCAUUCAGGAGUGCACUAGCAUCCCUUCCAGCCCAUAGAAUGGGUAGCAUGGUCAUUCAGGCAGCUGUCGAAAAAGCAGGUAUCACUCCUGAAGAUGUGAAUGAAGUCUACAUGGGCAAUGUCCUUCAGGCUGGUCAAGGUCAAGCACCAACAAGACAAGCAGCUCUAGGAGCAGGUCUUCCUCUUGGAACACCCUGUACUACUGUCAACAAGGUCUGUGCAUCGGGAAUGAAGAGUGUUAUGAUGGCAGCACAAAGCCUUAUGUGUGGACAUCAGGAUGUAAUGGUAGCUGGUGGGAUGGAGAGUAUGUCUAAUGUCCCUCUUCUAAUGGCUCGAGGUGAUCCUGGGUAUGGAGGUGCCAGACUAGAGGAUGCUAUUGUAGGUGAUGGACUCACAGAUGCUUAUAACAAGUUUCACAUGGGUAACUGUGGAGAGGAUACCGCUAGAAAACUUGGAAUAUCAAGAGAAGAACAAGAUGACUUUGCUAUCAGCUCCUACCAAAAGAGCCAAGCAGCAGGAGCGAAUAAAGUAUUUGAAAAGGAAAUAAUCCCUGUUGGUGUCCCACAGAAAAGAGGAAAACCUGAUGUAGUUGUAUCAGAAGAUGAAGAAUAUAGCAAGGUCAACUUUGAUAAAGUCCGUAGUCUGAAGGCAGUCUUUGAGAAAGAUGGCACAGUAACCGCAGCGAAUGCCAGCACAUUAAAUGAUGGAGCCGCAGCUAUGGUUCUAAUGACAGCUCAAGCAGCAGAGAAAUUAAAGGUCACACCACUAGCUAGGAUAGUAGGGUUUGCUGAUGCAGCAGUUGCUCCUAUUGAGUUUCCAAUUGCUCCAGCUCAUGCCAUGCCAAAGGUCUUAGAACAAACAGGUGUUAAGAAGGAGGACAUUGCAAUGUUUGAAAUCAACGAGGCCUUCAGUGUGGUCGUCCUUGCCAACGUCAAACUUCUUGACCUUGACCCUACAAAGGUCAACAUCAAUGGGGGUGCUGUCAGUAUCGGUCAUCCAAUCGGGAUGUCUGGGACAAGGAUCACAGGUCACAUGGUUCAUAACCUCAAACCAGGCGAAAAGGGAUUGGCCGGCAUCUGUAACGGAGGAGGCGGAGCUUCUGCGAUCAUCGUUGAGAGAUUAUAAUGGGGAUGAUACUUGCUAGGAGAAGAAUGCUGUAUUCAUGUUUUCUUUGGAAGAGGAUUUUGUUGGAAUUUGAAAGGUAGCCAUGGAGAAGGAUAGAACAAUUCUGUGGGAAAAAUGCGUAUUUCAUUCAUAUAUUGGACUAUUUUUCUCUUGACAGUUAUUGGUUGUCAUCAUGUUUGAGUUGAAAAUAUCAUUGGUGAAUGGGUGCAUUCCUGUUUACAAUCAAAAUAUGAUUUUUUGCAUGUGUGGAAGUUGUGAAUGUGCGAUUAAGAUAGGUAUUAUGAAAAACCCUUUGUGCUUAUAUUAUGUAUGAAAGUGUUUUUAUUGCUGAUACUCAUGAAAUAUAUUUUGCACGUGAACGUAGUCCACAUUAUGAGUGGGUCAAUCGAUUGGUCUCCAUGAGUGUACAGAAAUAUGUCCUUUAAUUAUGAUAAUGUCUGUAAUCGUUGUUAUUUUAGCGGGAUUAAUCUUGCACAAAAUUCACUCCACAGAGUGUUCAGUGUGCAAAACGAUAUGUAGAUUUCUUCCCCUAGUGAAAAAAAAAUCUCAGAGAGUAUUAUGAAUGAAUCUGUUGCAAUAUAAUUUCAUUCACUUUUAAUUUGUUACUUUUAAAACAGUCAUUUAUUUGAUAUACUUUAUUUAUUGAUUAAUUUGUUCAGCAUACUCAUUUCACCUGAGGCUUCACUUUCUUGUUUGGAAAUAUGGAUGGAUGGUUAAAAUAAUUCCCUCGAAACUCUUUUAUUAGGAAUGUAUCAUUUUGAGUUUUAGUAUUAAAUACAUUUAUGGUUUAUAGCUAAAAAGCAUGCCAACCUGUGAUUUAAAGUCAAAUUUAAAUUUAAACAGAGAAGAUUGAUUUAUGCACAUUAGGGGCCUUUUUGAUGUACUUUGAAAAGAUAUAUGGCUCUGUCUUCUGAAUCAUCAUUUUUGUCAUCUAAUGGUUUAUCAGUUUGGGACUGUAAACUAUUAGUUUUGUGUUUCUAUUUUUUUUAUUAAAAAAAUUAUUGCCUGCAGAUUCUAUGUGCGGAUAUGAAGACUAAUUUUACAUUUAGUGUCUGCUCUGUUGUGGUAUUUCGAUAUGUGGAGAUUUUGCUUCCAUUCUUUAAGAUAUAAGUCAAAGACGAGUCCCACAUGGUUGUGCUUUGUAAACUCACUCAUCCUUAGCAUGUGUGCCGUUAAAACCCUGAAAUAUUUGAUGUUGCUGUACUAUGUUAGGAAUUUAAAAACAUCAUUGAAUAACAUUAUAUGCAUAGCCAAAGCAUAGAGCAAGGUCAUAAAGCAUUGGGGUCCAGUGAAUCAGUCUCCAAACUGUGAAAGAUGAGGUGAUCCAAUAAUGGCUAAAAUCAAUUUUAAAACCUUACAAACAAUCAGAUUUUCAGAAAACGUAUUUAUUUACUUAAAAUUGAUUUCAGCCGUUAGUGAAUUACCACAUAGUAUACUCUGAUUCUGGCUCGGAUCAUUUGUAAUGACUUCAACGAACAAAAUAUGCCACACUAAUACUAGUAUCUGGUCUUAGUGGAUGCAUGAUAGAUUACCUGUAUGUACACCAAGAUUAUUCCUGAAAUACAGGAAGUUGUACAUUUGGCAGAGCUAAAGCGGGGAAAUAAUGUUUCGAAGUGCAUAUAAUGUAGUAUCCUCCACCACACAACUACCAUUAAGUCGCAUUUGAGUUUUUUGCAAUACUGGAUAUUACUUCUCCAGCUUCAGUUCUACCAAAUACAGCACUUCGUACAUUCAGAAAUAAUCUUACAAAGUAUAUAAUCCGUCAUGCACCCACUGUAAAAAGCCUAAUGUGUUGCGUGAAAAAAUAUUCCUACAUUGGAAAGAAAGGUUUGGCAAUUUGUUUAAUUUUGACAGGUGAUAUCAAUGUAAUUUAUUAUCUGUUUAUAUUCCAGGGACAAAUACGGUCAGUCUACAAUUUACAAUUUCCAGGGUUUGGAACGAUGUAACUAUUCUCAUUAUGGUGGCAUGACAUUUGCUUCUGUGACAAUUGCUCUGGGCUUAAUUUCAUCUUAAAUGUAGGAUUAGGGUUGUAAUGGAGGGUUUUAUGUUAGGUUAGGGUAGUGUACAGUAUUAUAGCCAGGGCUGAAGUUAAGUUAUUUGAUUAGUGUUUGAAAUUUAUAGCAGAGCAGUUGUCUCCGGAGCAAAUGUUGUGGAAUCCUAUUUAUAAACCAUGAACUCACAAAAUGCUAAUAGCUUAGUAGGUUGACCAAAUGGUAUGAAGUAUACCGUAUUGCAAUAAAAUGAAUAAGUGGUGGAUUGAAAUAAAGUUAUAUUUUAUGAUCACAUUGAA